AUGGAUUGGGACGAGCAAGAUCUACCUACUGCCACAACCACAGCUCCAGUCAAGAAAGGCAUGGGGCGUGGAUCCUUAGCCCACAUUCUCGGGGAAAAGAUUCGUGGCAUUGGGAGGGGCCAGGUCAGUUCUGGGAAACCAGCAGAUGAAGACUCGACCCACAGAGUCAAUGGAGCCAGAACUCAUGGCCCCAGAGAGAAUGGGGACCAUCAAACUUCACGUGGUGGUUUCGGUGCUAGGGGUGUUGAGAGUAGUUUUGGCUCUCAGAACAAAAAUGGUAGUAAUUUUAACCAGAGAGAUGAUGCCAGUGUUAACAGGAAAGAUGAUGGCAUCUCAAGGGGUGGAUUCUCUGGGGGUUUUAACAGGAGGAAUGAUGACAGCGCUUCCAGCAGAGGUGGUUUUGGAGGUGGCCGCACCAGUGACAUGUCACAGGAUGAUGAUGACCACAAAAAUGGAUUUUCAAGUGGACGAGGUUCCUUUGGAAAUAGACCGGAGAGAGGAGGCAGACAGGGCAGCAGAGAAGGGGACUGGAAAUGCCCAGAUGCGGACUGUGGAAAUAUUAACUUUGCCUUUAGACAAGCUUGUCAGAAGUGUAGCACGGAAAAACCCGAAGACAGUGAGAGCGGUGGCAGCAGCAGAGGGAGAUUUGGUCAACAGGGAACUGAUAGACCUAGAGGUGCAGGUUUUGGAAGAGGAGGUACCAGAACAAUGGGAGAUAGGACCUCUCCAAACUCCAAUGAAUUUGAUGAUGAAAAACCUCAAACAGCCCCGUACAUACCACCAGCCCCGUCAGACAAAGAAGAGGACAUCUUUCACAGCGAUGUCCAUAAGGGAAUAAACUUCGACAAGUAUGAUGAUAUCCCUGUAGAAGUCAGUGGACGUGACCAGUGCGGACUUAUCAGCUCUUUUGACGAAGCAGGGUUCUUUCCAACAUUUUUACGGAACGUCAAACGGGCCAACUAUACUAAGCCAACUCCAAUUCAAAAAUACUCCAUCCCUAUUAUUAUGGCCGGAAGGGACUUGAUGGCGUGUGCUCAGACAGGCUCAGGCAAAACGGCUGCCUUCUUGUUACCCGUACUUACAGCCAUGGUCAAUCAAGGGUUGACCACUGACCGGCACCAGAGCGUGCAGACACCCCAGGCUGUCUGCGUGGCCCCGACUAGAGAGCUGGCCAUUCAAAUCUACACCGACUGCCGCAAAUUUGCCUUCCAGACAGACAUAAGACCUGUGGUUUUGUAUGGAGGCACCUCGCUCAGUCACCAGAUGAGGGAGCUCAGCAAUGGAGCUAAUAUUGUCAUUGGAACACCUGGUCGACUCUUGGACGUCAUCAACAGAGGAAAGAUCAGCUUGGCAAACGUCUCCUUCUUAAUUCUGGAUGAGGCUGACAGGAUGUUGGACAUGGGGUUCGAACCAGAAAUCCGCAAGAUGGUGGAAACUAUGGGAAUGCCCCCCAAAACACAGCGACAGACUUUGAUGUUCUCAGCCACCUUUCCCGAGGAGAUCCAGAAACUGGCAGCGGAUUUCCUCAACGACUACCUGUUUGUUACUGUCGGCAGAGUCGGCGGGGCCAACACUGAUGUGUCUCAGCAUUUUUUCCAGGUUGACCGUCUACAGAAAAGAGAAUCACUCUGUGAUAUCCUCAAUGCUGGCGGAGGUGAGAGGACCCUGGUGUUUGUGGAGAUGAAGAGGAAUGCCGACUUUCUAGCCUCCUAUUUGUGCCAGUCUGGAUUUCCAACUACCAGUAUUCAUGGAGAUAGACUACAAAAAGAAAGGGAGGAGGCACUAGCAGACUUUAAGAGUGGCAAAGCUAAUGUUCUUGUAGCGACGUCAGUUGCCGCUCGAGGACUAGAUAUUCCUGAGGUCAUGCACGUUAUCAACUACGACCUUCCAGCUUCGAUAGACGAGUACGUCCAUCGUAUUGGACGUACAGGUCGCUGCGGAAACCUGGGCAAGGCAACCAGCUUCUUCUCUGCAGACGCGGAUCAACUCAUGGCUGCACCUCUGGUCAAGAUUCUCAAAGAGGCGCAGCAAACGGUUCCAGAUUGGCUGUCAGCACAUGCGUGUGGGAUGGGAGCUGGGGACACUGGAAAUUUUACUGGACGUUUCGGAGGCAAGGACAUCAGAAGAGGAAAG